ACCUCCCAAGAAAAAUUUGAAGUCCCAACCAAAACAAUUUUGUUCUCUUAAUCCCCAAUCCUCCUUCUUUUUGCCUCUUUUGCAAUCAUCUCCAUCUCUAUUUCCAUCGCCUCCCAUCUCCAUCAACUCCUUCGAUUCCUUCAAUUUUUCAAACAAUUGCAUAAGUUAGAGAAGUAGCCCAUGCAAUUCAUUAUCUCCAUCAACUCCCAUCUCCAUCGACUCCUCUGAUGCCUCUAAUUUCACUGCAAUUCAUCAUGUAACCCUUGCUUCUUUGAAGGACAGUAAGUGCUUUGUUUUCUUACUAAGCUCUAUCUACCCAAAAAAGUCAGAAAAAAUCUUACUCCUAUAUUAUCUUUGAUUACAAGAAUUAAGAUGAAUUCUUCUCCAAUAUUACAACAAAUAUCUCAAGAUGAAAUUGAUGGGAACAACUGCUCAAUUUUACAAGCAGUAAAUGACAACAAUGAUAACUUCUUAACUGUACAAGUGGAUGAUCUUGAGGAAUUAGAAGAGAUUUCUACUAGUACUGCUAUGGAAAUUGAAGGACGCAAAAUGUUGGGUGAAGAUGACAUUAUUAGUGGGAUGCCUCGUAAAGCUACUUAUGAUGAGAUGACCACAUAUGAUGUUAGUUAUGGGUUUGGGGGCAAGUUUGAUUCACACUUUGUGCAAUGUGGUCCAUUCAAGGAGGAGUUUGCUUGUACUUGUGGGAAGUUUGAGACUAAUGGAAAACAAGUGUCACAAAGUACAACUCAUAUUAGAAGGCGGACUUGUAGUACAUGUGGUAUCAAAGGUCAUGAUUCUAGGAUUUGUGAAAAGACAAAAGAAAAGGUCAUAGAAGAUGGAAAUGCAAGUCAGUUACCCUAUGCAAAGGAAUGAUUGUUAUGAUAGAGUAACCAUUGAGCUUAUUUUGUAAAGAAUUGGAGCUUAUUUUGUUUAGUAUUAGGUUUGUUUUGGAUAUGAACUAAGUUUACUUUGUGAAGUUUAUAGAAAUUUGCAAUGAGCUUACUUUGUGAAGUUUAUAGUUACAGCUUACUUGUGAAGCUUAUAGAAAUUUGCAAUGAGCUUACUUUGUGAAGUUGUGCUUUAUGAAGUUUAUAAAAAUUUGUAAUGCAC